UCACAUUUCUCCCGGCUGCGGCGGUGGGUCCGGGAAGGAAGGACUCCCAUCGCACCCAUCCCCUCCCAUCCCAUCCCGGGUGUCUCAGCCCCUGCCAGCAGCGCUCUCCCGGCGCUGGCCCCAGCGCGGCCGGAUUCCCGGCUCCCCGGCAGGAAUGUGCCGGGGGGUUCCGGCCCCCCGCCCGCCGGGGCCGCUUCCUCUUUCGGCGCUAUUUAAGCGGCUCCCGGCGCGUCCCGCCCGGCCGGGCCAUGGAGCGCAUGAAAGUGACUGAGACCUUUGAGGGCAUCUCCCUGCCCGGCCACCUCCACACGCAGGAGUCCCUCGGCUUCGCCGCCGCCUUCACCUUCCGCCCCACCGAUGUGCUCAUCGCCACCUACCCCAAAUCGGGCACCACCUGGAUGCAGGAGAUCCUGACGCUGCUCUACAGCCUCGGAGAUGCCCGCCCGGCCAAGACCAUUCCCAACUGGGAGCGGGCGCCCUGGCUGGAGCAGAUCUACUGCCGGGAGGCUCUGCGGGACUCCGAGAGCCCGCGGCUCCUCACCACACACCUGCCCGCCCACGUCCUGGCCCCCGCCCUGCAGCGCAGCAAGGCCAAGGUGAUCUACGUGGCCAGGAACCCCAAAGAUGUCGCUGUCUCCUUCUACCACUUCCACCACCUGGCCAAGUUCCUGCCCGACCCCAGCUCCUUCGAUGCCUUCCUGACGCAGUUCCUCGAGGGCACAGUGCACUACGGCUCCUGGUUUGAGCACGUCAAGGGCUGGCUGGGCCAGCGGCACCUCCUGGACAUCCUCUACGUCACCUACGAGGAGAUGCACCAGGACCUGCGUGGCACAGCCCAGCGCCUCAGCAGCUUCCUGGGGUGCCCGCUGGCCCCGGGGACGCUGGCAGCCCUGGAGCAGCACUGCAGCUUCUCUGCCAUGCGGGACAACGCCAUGGCCAACUACUCCCUGAUCCCUGCCGAGAUCAUGGACCACAGCCAGGGCCGCUUCAUGCGCAAAGGGGUGGUCGGGGACUGGCGCAGCCACUUCUCCCCCGAGCAAAACGCCCUCUUCAACCGUCGCUACCAGGAGGAGAUGGGGGACGUGGAGCUGCCCUCGCAAUGGCCCAUGGCCUGAAGGGAUCUGGGGGGACACUGAGCCCUCACCUGCUGAGAACCACCGCAUGGAGACCCCCAUGAAACACCCCCUGUGUCACCCCAGCACCUGGGGUUUGGGGUCUGGUGGGGAGCCAUGGCACCAGCCCAGCUCCCUGGGGAGAGGGAGCUUUUCCAGCCGUGCGUUGUGGCCGUCCCCGCUCCCCCCGGCCAGGAUCAUGUGGCCGUGACCCCCCUUUCUGCCCAUCCCGCCCUGCGGAAAUAAAUAUUUAUCGCUGUU